AUGAAAUUCCUUACGAUUUUGGUCGUCCUUCUCUGCUGCCGCCUUAUUGCGGCAUACCCAAUUCGAGGUCGAAUCAUGUGCCAGAAGGGAGACGGGCUGGUUCCGUUGAACAAGGCAAUCGUGGCGGUCCGAGACAAUCAAGGAUACAACUUGGGGUACGUAUACUACAUACAUAUAAUAUCAGUCUGUCGGGAAAAUAAUGAGUCACAGCAAAAAUCGCAUCGUAACCGAGAAAGAGAAUUGUGUUUCGGUGCUUUUUUUAAACUGCUUUUUACGUUAGUUAAAAAAAAUGAAACUCCCAUCUCAAGCCGCAAAGAAGAUCUAGCCUGUUACAAACUUUUGACGCUCAUAUAUUAUAUAUAAUUAAAGCCUAAUUUAGCUACCACAGCAACACCGAAUCGGACAAGUUUGGGAAGUUCUACCUGGAUGCCAUCAGUUUUGCGACAACAAGCACACUAGAACUGGAAGUUCACCAUUUGAAUUGCGGAGAAGCGCAAUUCUUUAAGAAGCCCUUCACCGGCGCCGACGAACAAUAUGAUUUCGGCGAUGUUGUGCUCCAAUCCUGA